CUGCGCGUGACUUCAGAGAACAGUCACGAUAGAGAUAAUGUUUUUUAUUUCUUUUCUCACCUGUGACUCACCUGAGUGGUGACCUGGAGCAGCGCGCGCAGCAGCUUCACAUCAGCGCUGGAAACAAAAGAGAAAAGAAAUUAAGAAAAAGAAACAAAAGCGGCGCAAAAAGCAGCUCUCAGUGGAUCCAUUAGUCAAUACAAAUUGGUGACACACACACGCUCGCGCGCGCGCGCAAACUGUGCAUUAGAUGUUGCCAGACUCUCCAGCUGACCCCCUCGGAGCGCCGCGCGGCUCCGACCACCAGGCUCCUCCGCCCCGCAUCUUUCUGCCGCUGCAGCUUUAGAUGAAACUGGCUCGUGUUGGAUCAGCGCGUGCAUGUAAACAAGUGUAGCUCCCCCCUCCAACCUCCUCCAUCCAUCCCCACGCUGAUCAUGUGACGGUGAAAAAGUGCCCCCAUUAAUGAAGCCCCUCUGCGGGGGAGUCACCGCCGUCCAGCCCACAGUUGAGGAGGGACAUGGAGGAGGCAGCAGCCUCGUAGCGCAGCUCUCAGCGGGCAGGAAGAGGACGGAACACGGCGCUGCGCCUGCCGGAGACCCGCAGCAGGACAGGAGCUGCAACUUUUCCUCAACUUCAGGUCGGACUUUCUGUGCGCGUAAAACCCGGAGCCAUGCGCGCCAAACAGCAGAGCAGUUUUCUGUCGCGCGUAAAGACUCUGUGAGAACUUGGACCCGUUUGGAGAAAGUUUCUACAGAAAAAGGCGGGUCUGCAGACUGAGACUGAACUGAUUACGACCCGGUUCGGUCCGUUGCAGUUCAGCUGAAUAAUGCCUCGCCCGGGAAGGAACACUUACAGCGACCAGAAGCCGCCGUACUCCUACAUUUCCCUGACGGCCAUGGCCAUCCAGAGCUGCCCGGAGAAGAUGCUCCCCCUCAGCGAGAUCUACAAGUUCAUCAUGGACCGGUUUCCGUACUACCGGGAGAACACGCAGCGGUGGCAGAACUCCCUACGCCACAACCUCUCCUUCAACGACUGCUUCAUCAAGAUCCCCCGCAGACCGGACCAGCCCGGGAAGGGCAGCUUUUGGGCUCUGCACCCGAAUUGCGGCGACAUGUUCGAGAACGGGAGUUUUCUGCGGCGCAGGAAGCGCUUCAAGGUGGGCAGCAUGCAGGCCAGCGACCCGCUGGCCCCCAGCAAGCCGCAGGACGCCGCGCACUACCUGCAGCAGCAGGCCAAGCUGCGGCUGAGCGCGCUGCACGCCGCCGCGCACCUGCCACAGAUGCCGGGCGGAUACAACCUGAGCUCCGUGACCCAGCCGUCCAGCUUCAAACACCCGUUCGCCAUCGAGAACAUCAUCGCCAGAGAGUACAAGAUGCCGGGCGGGCUGACGGCCUUCUCCACCGCCGGAUACCCGCUGCACAACCAGCUCGCCCCGGCCUGGCCGCACAUGUACGGCUCGGGGAUGAUGGACACCGCGGCGCCCAUCUCCAUGACCGCGAGCGACUACUCGCCCUACGGCAUGCCGCUCAAGUCCAUCUGUCACGGGGGUCAGACUCUGCCCGCCAUCCCAGUGCCCAUCAAACCCACGCCCGCCUCCGUGUCCGGUCUGCCGGGGCUGCCCGCGCACAUCCCGGCUUUCCUCGCGAACUCGCCCCAGUCUCUGAGCCCCACGUCCCCGCAGACCGCCACCGGCCAGAGCAGCCCGGCCGCGCCCGCCGAGGCGCUGCCGACCUCGGCCUCCGCGGUGCUGCAGUCCGCGGUGACGGUGCACUGACGGGAAUCUGACUCGGUUUCCUCUUUUUUUCUAAAAACUCUCCAACUCCCAAAGCAGCGUUUCUCCAGAACGAAUCUUCAUGUGUAGUCUGCAAGUCUGGCCUCCCAUCAGGUUUAUUUCCAGGAGCUAAUUUCCUGCUUUAUGUUUCCUCGUCACACUGGCGGUGUGUUCACGGCUCGCUGGAUCCUGAGGUGACAAAUUAUCUCCAUCUUUUGUGUUUCUUGCCUUUUCUUCUCACACUGAAAAGAAACUCAGAUUAAUGACUCGAAGAUUUUCUUCUCCGUCCCGAGUUUCUUUUCUGCUCCAAAAAAAAAAGUUCAACCAUGAACGAGGUUCUUUUUCCACUUUUAAACUCCAAAAGGAGCAAAGACCAAAUAUCCCGUUCCCUCUUCUUCCUCCUGAAGUCUGUUUUUCUGUAGUUUUAACGUGAACAAUCGCAGAGAUGAAAUGAGACUUGAAGCUAUAUUUAUGUCAGAGCUUGUGGAUAGUUUAAAAGAAACGCGCCACGACUGCAGGAUCUGAUGUUUCUCAUGCACUUUUUAGCUGAAGGACCCGCUGCUGUCUGUGUAUUUGUAGCUGCAUGCUCCUCCUGUCUGAAAAAGAAAAAUAAGUCGUGUUUGUGCGUUUAUUUUCCUGUUUUUGGGGGGCAUUUAAAGCAGAAAAGCAUGAACAUAAAACGCCUUUUCUUCCUGCGCUGAUCCGGAUCCAUUAAAGAGACA